AGGGUAGGGCCAGCCCAAGGAUCCCACAAUGCACGGACGGUGUUAGUGGGGGGACAGGAAGUUCCCGACAGGCGCGCACCAUUCUUCAGAAUAAAAAAGCGCCAGAACUGUGCAGUCAAGAAGGUAUCUUUUGUGCCCGUUUCCCUUUAUUACUACAGGUAUAAGGCCGGUAACAUCAACAGAGAGGACAAACCCAGCUCUCCUCUCUCCUUCCACACUGAGUCCAAACCUACAGUCACUGGGUCCUGAUUGUGACAGUGGAGCCCAGUUUGCACUGCAGGAUCCAGAGAUGAAACCAGUGAAGCUGGAAGACUGCAGUCAAACACUGGAGCUGAAUGUCAACAUUAAAGAUGAAGAAGAGGAGGAGAAGAUUGGAAAAUCUGUUUCUUAUGGUAUGAGGCCGGUAACAUCAACAGUGAGAACAAACCCAGCCUGCCUCUCUCCUUCCACACUGAGUCCAAACCUACAGUCACUGGGUCCUGAUUGUGACAGUGGAGCCCAGUUUGCACUGCAGGAUCCAGAGAUGGCAUCAGUGAAGCUGGAAGACUGCAGUCAAACACUGGAGCUGAAUGUCAACAUUAAAGAUGAAGAAGAGGAGGAGAAGAUUGGGAAAUCUGUUUCUCAUGGACUAGAAUUAAGUCUGAGGCCGGUAACAUCAACAGUGAGGACAAACCCACAGUCACUGGGUCCUGAUUGUGACAGUGGGGCCCAGUUUGCACUGCAGGAUCCAGAGAUGGCAUCAGUGAAGCUGGAAGACUGCAGACAAACACUGGAGCUGAAUGUCAACAUUAAAGAUGAAGAAGAGGAGGAGAAGAUUGGGGCAUCUGUUAAUCAUGGAGACGAUGUUGAGACAUUCUCUACAUCCAGAGAGCAUCAGCAGGAAGAUCACAGAGCAAAGAGGUCUCACCACUGCCCACAUUGUGAGGAGAUUUUCCCAUUUCUAUCAAAGCUAAAAAUACACCUAAAAAUACACACAGGAGAAAAGCUUUACUCCUGCUCUGAAUGUGGAAAAUGCUUCAAAACGUCAACUGCGCUAAAAGUUCAUCAUGGAACACACACAGGAGAGAAGCCUUACUUCUGCUCUGACUGUGGAAAGAGUUUCUCUUGGCCAAGCCACCUAAAACAACAUGAACGUAUACACACAGGAGAGAAGCCUUACUUCUGCUCUGACUGUGGAGAGAGUUUCUCUCAUCAGGACACCUUAAAAAGACAUGAACAUAUACACACAGGAGAGAAGCCUUACUCCUGCUCUGACUGUGGAGAGAGUUUCUCUCAUCGGGACACCUUAAAACGACAUGAACAUAUACACACAGGAGAGAAGCCUUACUCCUGCUCUGACUGUGGAAAGAGGUUCUCUCAUCGGAACACCUUAAAACGACAUGAACAUAUACACACAGGAGAGAAGCCUUACUCCUGCUCUGACUGUGGAAAGAGUUUCUCUCGACCAAGCAACCUAAAACAACAUGAACAUAUACACACAGGAGAUAAGCCUUACUCCUGCUCUGAAUGUGGGGUGAGUUUCUCUCAACUGGUCACCUUAAAAAAACAUGAACGUAUACACACAGGAGAGAAACCUUACUCCUGCUCUGAAUGUGGAAAAUGCUUCAAAACAUCAACUGCACUAAAAGUUCAUCAGAGAACACACACAGGAGAGAAGCCUUACUUCUGCUCUGACUGUGGAAAGAGUUUCUCUUGGCCAAGCCACCUAAAACAACAUGAACGUAUACACACAGGAGAGAAGCCUUACUUCUGCUCUGACUGUGGAAAGAGUUUCUCUCAGCCAGGCCACCUAAAACAACAUGAACGUAUACACACAGGAGAGAAGCCUUACUUCUGCUCUGACUGUGGAAAGAGUUUCUCUCGGCCAAGCCACCUAAAACAACAUGAACGUAUACACACAGGAGAGAAGCCUUACUUCUGCUCUGACUGUGGAAAGAGUUUCUCUCGGCCAAGCCACCUAAAACAACAUGAACGUAUACACACAGGAGAGAAGCCUUACUCCUGAUCUGACUGUGGUGCGAGUUUCUCUCUACUGAGCACCUUAAAAAAACAUGAACGUAUACACACAGGAGAGAAGCCUUACUUCUGCCCUGACUGUGGAAAGAGUUUCUCUCAACUGGGCACCUUAAAACAACAUGAACGUAUACACAAAAGAGAGAAGCCUUACUCCUUUUUGGACUGUGGGGCAAGUUUCUCUCGUCCGGACACCUUAAAACGAUCUGAACAUAUACACACACUGGAGAGAAGCCUUACUCCUGCUCUGACUGGGAAGUGUUUCUCUUGAAUGUGCCAUUUAAAAAGACACCAAGGGAAACAAGAGAGGAGCCUUACCACUGAUCUGACUGUAGAAAAUGUUAAAACACCAGCUGAGCUUAAAGGUCAUUAGAGAAAAGACAAAGGAGAGAAGCCUUUUUAAAAAAAAAAAAUUAUUUAACCUUUAUUUAACCAGGUAGGCAAAUUGAGAACACGUUCUCAUUUACAAUUGCGACCUGGCCAAGAUAAAGCAAAGCAGUUCAACACAUACAACAACACAUAGUUACACAUGGAGUAGAACAAAGGAGAAGCCUUACUUCUGCCCUCAAUGUGGCAAGAGUUUUUUCCAAUUGGGCAAUGUAGAAACACACCAACGGAUACACACUUGAGAGAAGCCUUAUCACUGCACUGACUGUGGGAAGAGAUUCUACAGAUUGGGCCAUUUAAAAAGACACCAAUGUUUACAUAAAGGAGAGAAGCCUCAUCAGUUCUCUCAGACCAGCUAAGAUUAGACACUCCACUUAAUUCUCAUGUCAUUAAAUAACUGGCAACGUUGAAUUGGAUCAAAUGAAGAAAGUGUAGAACACUAUUGUAAUCCUAUAGUUUCUCACUGUGAGAGAACUGUGUAGAGGAAAGGGAGCGUUAAAGAAUGUUAGCCUCUCUUUACUGAUCAGUGUGCACCUUGUCAGUUUUGGUGUGAGAGAAUAAAGUAGACGGCACACGUCAAACGUUUGAUUCAUGACCCUAUGUCCGGAUGAUGUGUGCAUGCCCAUAUUUGGGCAUUCCGGUCAGGACAUCCUGGCGGGAAGUGAUCACGUGGUUAUGCCCAUAUAUGGGCAUCCUGGUCCUGUUCUCACGCCUUAGUGAGUGCGGCAAUAUUUAUAUGAUGCCUUUGAAGUUGUCAUGAUGAUUGAUGUCCAAGGACCUCUUUGAACUGGGGAGAUGAACAUUUCAAAGAGUUUGAACCCCCAGAACACUAAACAAGAUUUUUUAAAUCAGCAUGGAUUUAGUGAUCGGUGGCAAAGCAGUGAUGACUGUAACAACGGAAACAGGACCUCAGUUAAAACCAUAGAGAAAGGGCCAAGUAUCAAGCCACUAUAUACGAUGCGCCAAAAAAGCGGUUUCUAAGUGUGUAUAGAACCCAAAUACCGCCCGCAACUGCUCUGAAAGAUCAAGUGCUGAUGUCUAAUGGACUUCAAUGGGGGUAUCGGUUUGAUUACCUGGCCUGUAGAGUGAACCUCUAUACGGUAGCCGAAGGAGAAGAAUAUACAGACCAGACUUUAGGAGUGGACUACGGGCUUGAAGACUGGAUGGUUUUUCGCAAGGUUGUGUGUCCCGAACUGAGCCUUAUCACCAAGGGGUAUAGCUUGUUCACGGGCUACGAGACCCGUUGGGAAGGUGCCCCUGACUCCUCAGGAAGAAUAUUUCACAGGGUGAAAAUACAAAGAAAGAAUGGACUUCUAUGUGGCUACGUGGAGUUCUAUAUCAGCAACGAGGAAACCCGCAACCAAAACAUUCGUGAUGGUGGCCUGACUGGGGAUUUUAGGUUGCGCAUUCUUAUUCCUUUUAAAAUUUGGGAUCUAAUGGAAUUGAAAAUGUUACAGCUGUUGGACGCUCUCUUUGUACAGAGCCAACAGCGGCAGAGCAUUGUUCAUGUAAAGAAGUGCAUAUUGUAUACGAAUCCUGAGGAUUAUGAUUCAAAGGAGCCCCAAGAAGGUACAUCCUCAGAAGGGACAGCCUCCGAAGAAAACUAAGUACGCGGCUGCGUUAACCACGCCCUGAUACCCAAAGGACUGGUUCAACAAUAAAAGGAGUGCCCUUAAAGCCUCCGGUUCUUCAUUUCAUCAUACACCAUGGAUAUUCAUACAACAUACCAGGACUCCGAUACGACAUGGGGGCCAGACCCUAAGGCCUCUAUGCCUCGCAGCCCGACAUUCUACUCCCCCCUGGCGAGACCCACGACACCCCCUACAUUUACACAGCCUGAGGAUGUGUUUGAUGGGGUAGUCAGUACUAUUUUUGUGGACACCAUCGAGGCCUCUGUAGCCACACUUUUAGACGUGGUGAUUGGAGAAUAUAUAAGAGAAACAUGCAUCGGUUGUGAGAUCAAUCAACCCAGCCAGCGCGUCAUCCGUGCUUAUACGACCCGCCAAGAUACUACUUCUUCAACCAUUUUGAGGAGCUGGUGAAAAGACUGUGGUCCUGCAGGUUUAUACCAUCGCUGGUCAGAGCCCUAGAGUCUAUGGGUCUUGUGCCGUCUAUCCCCAGAGUUUACGGGGUAACCGAGGCAUUCCUACAUGAACUGAAGGAGGCAAUCUACGUCCACGAGAAACUCAAAGAAAUCCGACACACCCUGGUGGACGACAAUAAAUACCGGGAAGCUGUGGUGGCUGAUGUGAUGACUUUCUGGCUCAAUAAACCCCAAGAGACCGAGUGACAUUUUGUUAUUUAGUUGUAAAGCAAUGGGUAACUAUGUGUCUACGAUGUUAGAGAGAAUAAAUAAAAUUCUUCUUUUGAGAGAACUUACAAAUGUUAUGCAUCAGAUUAUUGAAAAUAAAGUGAACAAUGUAUCGUUCUACACGACACACAAUGCCUGGGUUAAUGAAGAGCGUGUGCUGAAAAUGGAACAAAUCAUGAAUCAUGUACGACAUACGGGCGAGAGUCUGCAAUGGACACAACUGGUAUCACGUCUUGUGGAUGAUUUUGAAGUACUAGAAACAACUUUGUCUAAGAUUUUACUUUAUUUGUUUGAAACACCAUUUAAUUGUAACGUGUAUCAUAUUUGUUGUCCGAUAUAUAAGCAUAUAAACGUGUGUAUUUAAAAAUUCAGCGACACAAGCCUGUAAAUCUAAACCAAAUAUACAGGGUGUUGCAUGCUGUGAUCGUUGAGAAAACUGGGACAUGUAUCCUGCAAAGAAUCCUGAAUUGUCUGUAUACGUAAUACUUGAUGCAUAAAAUAAAAAUUCUAAAAUGAAA